GUACCACAGAAUCAGUUUCCAUCAUGCUGUGAAAUCUGCCUGUUCUCAAGACAAGGCAGGUCUUGUGGGGGUUAAGUUGUCCAAAGUUGUCCUGGUUGGAGAUGUUGCCGUCGGAAAGACAUGCCUGGUGAACAGGUAUGUACUCAGCUCCACCUAGAAAUAGAAUAACACUCCAUGUUUUACAAAACUGUCUAAAAACUAUUGCUGUUCUGUGUGUUUACUGCUGGAAUUUUAUUUGUUGAGGACAGAAGAGAGGCGACAUGCAUCUGUUUUCGUGAUAAUUUGUUCUUGGAAUAUAUGCAAUAAACAUGGCAGAGGGGGACCGCAUUCCUGUUGUUGAUUACUCUAGGACCUCACGACCAGUUUUUAGUAAUCAGAACAAUCAAAUGGAGUUUGAUAACCCACAGAACAAUUCACCUGAAUUUCAUGACCAAGAAGAUGCAGGAAAUGUGACAGCUAGGAACUAUGCAAGGAACGUCGAUUCUGUUUUUGAUAAUCAAGGAAAUAUCAUUCCGUCGGCAGAAAUAGGGAGAAAUAGUAAUGUGGCCUAUGAAAGGCUCUCACAACCAAUGUACAGUAAUUCAAGUGAUGUUCAGGCUUCACCAGCAGUUUCAAACUCUGCUAAUCCGAGCACAGAACUUGAAACCCGAUUCACUGAGUCUCUUUUGGAAUAUGCUAGACACUCUAUGGCUAUGUAUGAGAACCCUAACAACAGGGGUUCUGAACCAGCUGCAGACUAUCCCAGGAGUAAUGAUCAGCUGUUUACGCGAAGCACUGAUAGGAGACCAGCUUCUGCUAAAAACCCUGAACCCUCUGUUAGAUCUUUGGAUUAUCAGAGUAGUACCCAGAUUGUAGUGCCAGGGGACUUCCAGCCUCGACAAGACAAUGAUCAGGUUCAUGAUUAUGCAAAAAACAAUUCUGGCAGCGUUGAGUCAGUUGCAGAAUUUCCUAGGAAACCUCAGUCUUCGGACAAUAAACCUGGGAAUUGUCAGUCAAAUAUUGAUAAUUCACAGUCUAGUGCUCAGGGUAUGCAGUCGUGUGCUGGGAGUGCACGAGAUAAUGUUGCAGAUACACCAAGUAAUGUCGGGAGUACUUUAGCUAAUGUUGGAAAUGCAUGUGAUAAAGUCGGGAACACGCAAGCUAGUUUUGAGGACACUCAGGGUAGCAUCAGCAGUACGCAGACUCAUGUUAGGAACGUACAAUCUGAUGGUGGUGGUAGACCUGAUAGUUCUGACCUUAAUCGAUGCAAUGUUAGAAACACACAGUCAGAUGUUGGGCACAUUCAGGUGGGUGUGACGGUUAGCAACACACAUCAUGGGAAUACAGCAUUCACUGAAGCACUGACAAGUCUUGGUAACACUGACACCACUGUUGCGGACACUCAGCUUGGUGUUGAAGAUACCAAAAUCGGUAUUAUUCCAGCAGUUGUUGGUAGUUCAGUAACUGUACCAAUGGACAUAAGUUAUAAAGAGGCAUCAACAGAGGUCGAGUCCAAUCCAAUAAAGGGAUCUGGACCCCCGAUGAAAAGGAGGCGGAAAGCGCGGGCAAAGAGGUACCCCAGGAAGGCGCACCAACCAGUUUAUCGAGGGAAGGUUGAGCCUGUUGAUGCUGAGACUGAUGAAGUGGAGACAAUUGGUGAUCAGGCUGUGGGAGCUAGAGAGGGUCAGGAGGCUGAAGCUGGUGCUGAGAAGGAAAAGGAUGGGGUGGAGGGUGGAUCUAGGGACCUGGUCACAGGGGAGAUUGAAGGAAAGGAAGGUACGGGGAAGAAAGAGAAAAAUAUUUUGCCGCCCCUUCCUAAUGGACGGAAAAAACAUUCUAUUCCGCUGUGGCGCAAAAUAGAGAUUCUGAAGGAAUUCGAUAAAAAACCAGCAGGAAUGUCACGUCGGAGACUCGUUGGGGAGUUGGGGUUGAAAAAUCGCAGCACCCUGUCUUCAAUUCUGGGUAGCCGUGAAAAAAUAAUGGCAGAGUAUCUGAAUUCUACAUCUGACAAGCAACGGGACCGCAGGCGGAUGCGGAGUUUGAAAUAUGAUGAUAUUGAAGAGGUUAUCACAAAGUGGAUGGAGCAGUGUAAACUCAAUAAACUACCCAUAAAUGGCAUUGUGAUUCAGAAAAAGGCAGAGAGAUUGGCAAAGAAACUCGGUCAUGUACAAUUUAAAGCUAGUAACGGCUGGCUUGAUAGAUUUAAGGCUCGAAAUGCUGUCAAUCUGAAAGAGUUCAGUGGGAAAUCAGCAGAUAUGUCCAGUGCCGUGGAUGAACCGAUUUAUGAAUGGAAGGAGUUGUGCCUGCCUGUUCUCAUCAGGGAGUACGAGGCUUGUGACAUCUUUGUUUGUGCCGGGGGCGGAAUUCUCUUUGGGCUUCUGCCGAACGAAAUAGCAGCAGCUCACGGUGAGCAGUGUCUGAAAGGGGAGAAUAGUAAGGAGAGGAUUACUUUCUGUCCAUGCGUCAACAUGGAUGGGACGGAAAAGGAGGCCCUCAUUCUCGUCGGUGACUUUUCACAGAAGUCACAGUAUUCAUAUGGAGGAAUUCUCACAUCUGGUGCAGUUCAUUCCGAAAUGGAUGAAAACUCAUGGGUGACUCCAGACUCCUUCUAUAGUUAUGUGCUUUCUUUAGAUUCUAAAAUGCAGCUUGAUGAUAGACAUAUCAUUCUAUUCACGGAUGAAAAAUAUGCAAAGCUUGAGGAGAAAAAGAACAAGGAAUUGAAGAACGUUAGCCUGAAAACCAUUCCGAUACAUUUCAACCCGAUGAAUCGAGGGAUUCUGAAGUCAAUCAAGUCAGAGUACCGCUAUUGCCAGAUGAAGAAGAUGCUGAGUAGCCUUGGUGACGACAUGAAGGGGACAUUGCCCAAGGUCACAGUGCAGGAUGCCGCCAAGAUGCUUGAGACUGCCUGGAAGGAGUUGAGUGCUUCCACCAUCCAAUCCUGUUUCCUUGAUGCUGGAUUUGAGAAGAAGAUGCAUGUCCACCUUGAUGAGCCAGAGGAGAGCAAGGAGGCCAUUCUCGCCUCUCUCGAUGACAAAAAGCACAAGGAAAAGACACCCGAUAGUCGCCUGCACUUGUUCAAGAAGUUGAAGCAAUACUACAAACUUCCAGAAAGCCUCCAUUUUGAAGACUACUUGAAUGCGGAUGAUGAGUUGGCGACAUGUGAUGAAGGAAUACCAGAGAUGCCGGUAGAAGAUAUUUUGCCCACGAUGGAUAUUAUGCUACCUGAUGACCACGAGCCAGAGAGACCUGAGCAUAGUGGACCCCCUCCCCAGGAGAUUCUGACCCCUCAGGAUGCAGUGACCGCAUUAGGGAAAGUCAGGCGGUUCCUCCAGAUGCAUAACGAUUGGGGGAAUGUCCCCCCUGCCUUCUUCUUUAGCCUCGAUACAAUUGAACAGUAUGUAAUUGAUGAACGUAUGAGGUCAACUUUUAGUGGGCAGUUUAUACCAAGUGCCAGCAAUUUGACUGCUAGUGUAAUGAAUGCUGCCAACCUGUCCAGCAUGUCAAACAUGUCUCAAGGUGUCACUUUAGCCGGUGCUGGUAGCCCUCCGCCUAAUCCGUCAACUCCUAACACCGCCCAUUCCCCUCAAGUACACAUGCAUCAGAGUCAACGCCAGGGAAUGGGAUCAAUGGUUCAUAUGCCAAACAGUUCAGGUCACAACACUCCUAUUCCACAGAACACAAGCCACUCACAUAAUAUGCCAAGCAACUUGGGACAUUUCCAUGGAAACAUGGGCCACCAUCCUUUCGUUGGUAAUGUCCCAAUUGGACAUAUUCCUGGGAACCCAUCUGGCCAUAUUGCGGGUAACACAGGACAAUGGACAGCCAUAUACCAAAACCCAAAUAAUUUCAGUCCAAACUGAAGGUUUUACUGGAAAACUGUGAUGUUCUAAAUCGCCAAUGGUAUUGCAAUAAUUUCCUUUACGUACCACCUCACUUCCGUACAGCUGUACAAGAAAUAUGAACUACACUUGAUGGUACCAUGGCUGGCUACGAUACAUGAUCAGUUUGUUGAAACUUUCAGAAGACUUCUGUUGUCUUAGAAACUACAGAUGUGUGAAAACAUAACCUCUUCCUAUGGUCUCUUUAAAACAGUCAGUAGUUUUGGGUUGAGGGGCAUGCUGAACUCUCUUUAUACAUGUAGGGACAUAUAAAUAUGCAGAUAGGAUUGAAGUAAUGUCAAUAUGACUCCGGUGGCAGUGGCCCUUAACUGUAGCAUGGUGAAGUGUAUGUUAUGAUUUUGUAUUCAGUGAUGGUUUUGGAGGGACAGCGUGUGUAAGUAGAUAAUAAUGUUUAUAUCAUACUUGUUAUUUGUUGCAAAGAGAAGAUUUUAAGACUAAAGUGACGUCGUGAUGGAGUGUGCUGUAAUUACUGAAAGUAUUUGAAUUUGAUGUUCAUUGUCAGUUUUGAUUGUUCUUUAUUGUACAAUAAGCGUAUCAUUUGCUUUAUCAUUAUUAAAAGAGAGAGCUCAGUUUUCAUAAGUUUAUGCUAUAGUUAGGGCCCGGUGGCUCAAUCAUCAUUAGGAGUAGCAUGGGCAAGUGCUAACACACAAAAACAACCGCUGGAGAUGACGCUUCAUUGAGCUUACGUUUGCAUUAGUCUCUAAUGCUGAUUGAGCUGUUGGGCCCAGUUGAUUCACUUUUGAGUAAGAAGUGUGCCAGCACAACAAACAUGUAAGCUUACUGCUCUUUGUUUCGACCAAGACGUUUGUGUGGGAAAAAAGAAUGCAUUACGUGUGGUCUAUUUUGAUGGGAUCAUUCAAGCAAAUUCUUUGGCUAAACUUUAUUGUAGUGUUCACUUCAGAUAUCGACAAAGUUUCUUCAUUAACAAAGAGCUUUAUGUAUUGUAUAUUUAUUGUUUUAUUUUAUCAUGUAGUCAAUAAGCAUGCAAAUGCUUAGUUUUUUUUGUUCUUCAAACCAUUUAUUUGCUGUACAUUAUAUUGCUUAGAUUGCAUGAAAAAGAUUUGUUGCCAUACUGAGUAGAUCAAGGUCACAACGAGGGACUUAUUUGUCAAAAAGUGGCAGUAAUAGUCACUGGUCCAAUACAAUAGAGAAGCUUCUGUGGAUGAAAUUGACAUUUUUUGGAAGUCUAUUGUGUUUUGGACCACUGACUUCUGCCGACCUCUGUUAAUUUCAAGUUCCUCAAUCGGGUUAGAUACCAACAUUCACUGCCACAGAACACCACCAUUUUACCAUUGCAGCGUGGUACUGUACUGAUAUAUAUUGUGGGAAAACAAUGACUGUGCAGGAAUUACUGCCUGCUGUGUCAUAGUAAUGUAUGUAACAGAUAUUGUAGAAUAUUUGUGUACAUUUGUGGAUGGAGGGGUGGGGACUUGCUGCUUCAGCAUACGUUCAAAAUUUCGUUACUUGACCUGGGACUAGAACAAGUCACAUCAAAUGAAAUGUAUCUUGUGGUUGCAUGAGUUGUUUCACAGGCACUAGAUCUAUGACGAUGUUGGUGGUGCUGAACAAACAUCCUGUGCCUGUGAAAACUGCACUGUAAAUUUACCGGUACCUAAACCAUGCUUGAUGUGACCAAAGUUAAGAGGAUGAAUUUUAACCGUACACACAUGAAUUGCCAUUUUACUCUGUCUGCAUAAAUGCAUAGUUAUCAGACACAUUUAUUUUUAUUCUAUAUUGUAUAUCUUUAUCAUAUGUAUAGUAUGAGAAGUUGAUAGCCAGUUUCACGAGUGUCUGAUGUUAGAACUUAUUCUUUAAAUGAAGAUAAAAGGACUGUGAACCCCUUCAUUGAUGGUUAUGAUAUCAUGCUUGCAAGCCUAUUGUGAAGGGCCACUGGUGUCUUGUUUUGGUGUGACGUAGUCAACAUGUAGUGGUUACUGCCAGAAUUACCCAGAGUAGUCACGUACCCUUUUGUAAAUGUGUAGAGCACUUCAGAGUCUGCAUGCUUUGGGGACAACCUUUCUGUUGAAGUUCUGAAGUUUGACUUGCAUGCUGCCAACUGAAGUACUAAAAUCAUUAUAGAAUCACCAGACCUAAUUUACGUGCAGGUCCAGGUCCAUUUGUCUUAUUUGUAUUGUAGGUAGUUGAUAAGGUUGUGUAUUUGAUUACCUUUCAUUCAAUGUAGGUGCUUCACAUGGCUUUUCUAGAUUUACUGACCAUUUCGAUGGAAUCACAACUGGAACAAGGCACAUCUAAGUGGUUAAAAUAAAGUUAGCUGGUGCUGGAAAAUAUAUAUUUGUUGUUAUGCUUGGUAGAUUUUGCCUUUGAUACAGGAAUCAUUUAUCAAAAGCACUUUCCUAAGGUGUAAGGAGAGAGUUAGCAUAUCGAGAAGGACCUAGCGAUCACUAUCUAUUAUGCCAAGGACAUAGCAUAACUUUAAGUGACACAUUAUAAGGAGGAUAGGAAAUGAAUCUGUCAUCUGGAUGUGGUGAUUGGGAUGAUAAUUUGGUAAGAUGUCCAUUGCAGUUGUACAGUGGAGGGAGCUUGUCAGCAACAUGGCUCUUUUCCCUCUAUCUCGGUUUGACUCCAAGGACACCCUUGUAUAAAAAAUGGCAUUUUUUGCCUCGGAAGUGUCCUUGAUCGAACAUGAUUCUACUGUCAUCAAACAUUCUUCAUCUCUCUUUUGAAUUUGAAAGAAAUGCACUA